AUGAAAUACAUCCAUACGUAUCGCAGCCACCAGUAGUUUUUGAUUCCGUUCUCGUUUUCAGUUAAUUUGUGCUUGUAGUGAGUAUCGAGCGAGCGCUGCCAGUAGAUCUAUCGGAGUCCGUAUCUGAAUCGUAGCUAAAGCUGGGCCCGUAACCGGAGACACAAACAAGGCCAGAAUCAGCACUAUCGUUGUUCCGAUUGAUCGGAUUCGGAUCUACAGUUUCCCGCAAGCAACAAAACUUUUCCCUAUUCAUUUUUAUUUUGACCUCGUGUACGAACGACGCGCGGUGGCGGUGGUGGUUGGAUUCAGCCAAAGGGUUCUACUAAAAUGUUGGCGUCAAUUCGCUGUGCGAAGCAUUGCUUCGUUGUAUUAAAAUUGCUCUGUUAACGUGUCUUAAUAGUUCCGUGCCGCGUAUACUGUCGAUUUUCAUUGCUCACAACAGUUAUCUAAAGACCACAUAGAUAUGUGCAUAUGUAUGUAUAUACGCAAGCGGCAAAUGUGCCUAAAAAAUAUCAAGUGACGUGACGAUUAAACCGAUUUUUUGUGCGAGAAUUUUAAUAGAACUUUUACUAGUACAUAUAAGUAUAAGCGUAAAUAGCAGGACAUUGUUACCUACAUACCUGCCCAAUCACGCUGAUAGUAAACAUAUUUACAAACAUACACACAAUCAGAUAAGCAAUUGCUGUAUGUCAGCCCAUCUGAUUAAAACUUUGACGAAAAAUCAACAAUUGUAAAAUCGUUAAGUGUGCGAAUACAUAAAAAUAGUUACAGAAUCUAACUAAAUCGCCAUUAAAAUCACGUUCUUACUAACUGGGCGUGCUCACAACGACAACGUCAACAAAACAACAGCAAUAACAGUUGCGCGACAGCAACAGUUACAACAAAAAUUACCGCAGAGUAAACAACAUAAGUGUAUUGAAGUAAACUUUAUCAAAUUAACAAAUACAAAGUUGAAUACAAAAUACAAAGCCAAAAAGUUAAACACACACUAGCAGUGCAAAGAUUACGCGAGCGACUAUGUGUAUAGUGUUGAAUUAUUAACAAAGCCAAAAACUCAAGUCAGAAAGUAAACGAGCGUUGCGCGAGUUGGAAAUAUUUUCCAUACCACUUGUUCGGAGAAUACAGUUCGUGUAUCAAUUUUCACAAGUGAUCGUACAAUUAACUUGAAAUUUGUUAAAUAUAAAAAAAAUAUUUUAAUAAAUACAUACAUACAUACAUAGAUCUUAAAGAAUAAUACAGACAAAAGUUUUAAUAACUAAAUAAAACGUAUUAAACUCGUUUAUUCGGUGUUUUUUAGUCGUCCCAUGCGAGAUAAGUCAAUGCGCCGUCAUGUUUUCAAGCAUUUGACUAGACGCGAAUAGCGCCUUAUUGCCGUCUAAUUACAGUGUUAAAUUGCUGUAACGCCUACGCUAGAAACAACAUUGCGAAAACUACCAGUUCAAUAUACCGAAAGACACCGUUUUUGAAUCCAGCAAUUGUGAUAAAACAAACUUGCAUAUAAAUAAAUGGAGAAGUCUAAUCACAAAGAACUCCGAUUCCAUACCAAUGAGCACCAAGUGAGUUACAUGUAUCUGAUAAACAAAAUGCUGCUGAAAAUCGAGAAUACCCUACUGCGAAGCCAUCGACAACGCGAAACCACUGGAAUAAAGGAGCUAUACAAUUCCUUUUUCGUAUUAUUUUAAACAAUCUAGCCGAAAAUACCUUAAACUGUUUUAGUCAAACAGCAUUCAGUGUCAAAAUAAAAUAUUUAGCCAACAUAGCAAGUUUGUUACUAGUUUGUGUUACAAAGUUAUAUGCACAUAUUUACUGUUAAAAAAAAAUAAUCAAAAAAACACAAAAAAAAUAAAAAAUAAAUAAAAAUGAAAUA